AUGCUCAAUCUUCCCUAUUCUGGGUAUCGGAGGGUAUUCGAUGAGUUCUCGGCUCAUCUGGAGAGACAAUUUCCAGGAAUAUUGAUAGAAGGCUUUAACUACCCUCCCCACCCUGUAAGACAGACUAUAGCAUCGAUUCUCGCCUUCGUCAAGAUUGCUCUCAUUAUUGGAGUCGUCAUGAUAGAGAGAGUGGUGCAAUUUUUGAACAUCAAUGUGGCCGACUAUCCUCUGUUGGCGUGGUGUCAGGAGAACAAGGUCUCUGCUUGUCUCAUUAUGUACUUCUUGUGCAAUACUAUUGAACAACAGUUAAUGGCCACCGGGGCAUUUGAGAUAACAAUGGAUGGGCAACAUCUGUGGUCGAAAUUGGAAUCUGGACGGUUGCCGUCAUUGCCCGAAUUAUUCUCAAUGUUGGAAGAGCAUAAGCCAGCUCCGACGUCAAGUAACUCUAUCUUAGAGGCCGUACCUCAAUAGACCAGGGAAAUAGCGAUUGUAGCAACAGUUAAUGAAAGGUAGGAACUCAAGUGGUUUACCACCGUUCCCACCCGGAGAAAGGUCUGUUGCUAUACUUGCUGACCUGGUUGUACGUACAUGUAGACCACUUUCUGGUAACAAUAGUUUCUACAUAAGAUAAUGAUUUAUUUGUACUAUGUAUGUACAAAGUGACUCACACUGUUGUAUUCAUG